CACACACACACACACACACACACACACACACACACACUACACUCCCACUCCUGCUAUUUUUCCAGUUGAAGCAGGUUUUCGGCUCCUCUGCACCGGCAGAAUGGCUCUCAACGUCCCGGGUCUCAUCGCCACCAUCACCUUCUACCUGCUGGUGCUGGGAAUCGGAAUCUGGGCUUCAAUCAAAUCAAAACGGGAUGAAAGCAGGGUCCGGGCGAACCACGCGGAAAUGGCUCUGCUGGGGAACCGGGAUAUCAGCCUCUGGAUGGGGAUCUUCACCACCACCGCUACCUGGGUGGGCGGGACGUUCAUCAUCGGCACAGCGGAGACGGUCUACGAUCCAAAGCAGGGGCUCAUCUGGGCCGUGAUGCCUCUGUCGGCAUCGGUGGCUUUCAUUCUUGGCGGUCUUUUCUUCGCCGAGCCGAUGAGGGACAGGAAGUACGUGACCAUGAUGGAUCCUUUCCAGAUUAAAUACGGAAACACGCUGAGUGGACUUCUGUCUGUCGCUCCUCUGAUGUCCGAAAUCAUCUGGGUCACAUCGACGCUGAUAAGCCUGGGUGUCACCAUGAGUGUGAUCCUGGAUUUGUCGUACGCUGUGUGCAUCUGGAUCUCUGCGGCCGUGGCCAUCACCUACACCCUGAUGGGGGGAUUAUACUCUGUGGCGUACACCGACGUUAUUCAACUCACUCUCAUUUUUGUCACCUCGUGGCUGUGCGUCCCCUUCAUCCUCACCAGUCCCUCCUCUGUUCCCAUCACCUCCACCUCCUUCAACCACACCUUCCAGGCCCCAUGGGUCGGCACGCUGACCGCAGACAAAGCCUGGAGGUGGAUCGAUAUCUUUCUACUUUUGAGUAUCGGAGACCUCGGUUUCCAGGACUUCCACCAGAGGACGUUAUCGGCCUCUUCCUCCACCACGGCUAAGCUGAGAUGCUACGCUGCGGCUUUUCUCAUUCCCACGUUUGGAAUUCCUCCAGUGAUCAUCGGGGCAGUGGCUGCAUCUACAGACUGGAACCAGACUUCCUACGGUUUUCCGCCUCCCUUUGAACGAGGUCAGACUGGUUUGAUUUUACCGCUCUCCCUGCAGUACCUCACUCCUCCGUACAUCUCCGUCAUCGGCAUCGGAGCCGUAGCGGCCGCCGUGAUGUCAUCAACUGACUCCGCCCUCCUUUCUGCGGCCUCCAUCUUCUCCUCCAAUAUCUACUCCAAGAUCCUGAGGACACAGGCGUCAGAAAACGAGAUCCGGUGGGUGAUUCGUAUUUCGGUGGUUUUAUUCGGGCUUGCCGGCACAUCGCUCACCUUCCUGCACACGGGUGUCAUGGCGUUCUGGAUCCUAGGCGGAGAAAUCGCCUACAUCUUGAUGUUUCCACAGCUGGUCUGUGUGCUUUUCUUCAACAUAUCCAACGGCUACGGAGCCACUGUUGGCUUCCUGGGAUCGUUUAUUUUAAAACUCCUGAGUGGAGAGCCUUUGCUAGGAAUACCUCCUGCCAUUCAUUUCCCAGGAUGCACCUUGGAGGACGGUGUUUACGUCCAGUAUUCCCCCAUCAGGACCAUCUGUAUGCUGGUUGCUUUUGCCUUAAUAUUGCUGGUGUCCUACCUGACUUCUGUGCUCUUCAACAAAGGACUAAUACCUCAGAAGUGGGACAUUUUUCAAGUUAAGGGUCCAACCCAAAUCCCAACAAAUGUUGCUACCACUAAUGGAAACCACAACUCAGUACCGCCGUGUGAGAAUGGAGACGUCUCAGAUCCUAUGCUGGAAUCAAAAUUAUGAAAUUAGCCAAAUUAGCUGUUUUUGAAACCGGACACUAAAAAACUGUAUUACCUCACUUAAAAACACAAAUAUACCUCAUCAUCUUGUAAGGGUUACUCGUUAUGUGUACUGGAGGGUAUGCACACAUUUUUCUGUUUUGUUUUUGCUUCAUUAAACGUCUUUGACACCGUUACAUUUUCCCACAAUACUCCCUUCACUGGUUGGGGAUUACCAGCAGGGAUACAGGGAGACAAUACAUCGACAAACAAUAUUACGAAGCAUAGGCUUUGGGUGCUCUUAAUCCAUGUACUGUAUGAACUACAAAAGAGCAUAUAGUGUUUGUUGGAAAAGGAUCACAUUUUAUUUCUGUUUUUUAAACUGUAAUAUGUGCUCAUGUGUUUCAUUGUUGUUGUAUAGGGUCCGCUGCUCAUGAAACGCAGGUUUUUGAAAAACAUCUAACUGAUAGUUCUCGUAUUUAUUUGAUUGCAUUUCAUAUUGAGGUAAUCCCAAAGUAAUGAGGUUACAUUACUUUUAUAUUGUGAGACUCAGAUUAGGUUACUGAGGUUACUCGUUUGUGUUCCUUAAGUUUGUUUUGUAAAUACUUUUGGUAUCCAGUGUUAUGAAUGAUUGUAAAUGAGAGAGAUGCAGCUGAAGACAGAGAGACUUUUCUCCGUCUCAGUUGAACCUCUUUUUAGGCGGUGUUACAACCACUUCUAAAUCCAUACUGCACUGGAGCUAAAUUUAAUAUGAAUUUCCCUCCAUCCCAAAAUAGACAUUGCCCCACAUUUCCUGCCUGAAUCCCUCCUCCAACCAGCCUUUUGGCCCUUGUCACUUCCUGCCUGAAUCCUUGCAGCAGAGUUUUGGAUGAGCUGGAAGCGGAGAGGGAUUCUCACUAAUACCAAGGAGGAGUGAAUUUCAGUGGUGAUGAACAUUUUGAGACAUCCAUUUGUCUCAAAUAUCAACAUGUUCAGAUCAGAAGUCUAACCAAGAAGAGCAUGGCUUUGACGUAAGUCCAGACCCAAAGAUGACUUGAUAACUCUAACCCUUCAAAGUUUCCACUGACGAUGAGAUAAAGAAGUGACGUUUGUGGCCCAACCUGCAGACUGAAGUUUCAGAUUGUUAAAAAGCAUGCGUUGCUGCUCAUACAUACGUUGUGUAUUCAGAGGGGUCCAGCCUCCCUCCAGGCCGUCACCCAGAGUUUCCCCACCGCAGAAGUCUAACCAAGAAGAGCGUGGCUGUGACGUAAGUCCAAACCCAAAGAUUACUUGAUAACUCUAACCCUUCAAAGUUUCCACUGACGAUGAGAUAAAGAUGUCAUGUUUUCGGUCCACCAAUGAGACGCUGUUGCUGAGGGUUGAUACAGAUCUUAGGAAGAGGUGUCAGUGUUUGCACAACACUCACGAGGAAACAAAGUCUCCUUUCACACCGGGGACACAUAUCUAUGUAUCAGUGACGUGCGGUGAGGUUCAUGGCUGGUGAGGC